AUGUCUAUCCUCGCCAACGUUAAGUCGGUUCUCAGCGGCGAUACCCUGGUGCUCACCAGCCCCAACAACCCCGCGGCCGAACGAACCCUCUCUCUCGCCUAUGUCUCCGCCCCACGACUAAGCAAGGAUGGCGAUGAGCCGUACGCUUUCCAAUCCCGGGACUUCUUGAGGAACUUGGUGGUUGGGAAGCAAGUCAAGUUCAGCGUUUCCUACACUAUCCCGAGCUCUGGCCGCGAAUACGGAACCGCUCUGCUCCAGGAUGGUACUCAACUCCCCGAGGCGAUUGUCAAGGGCGGGUGGGUUAAGGUCAGGGAGGAUGCUGGCCGGAAGGAAGAGUCGGAAGAUGUCCUUGCGAAGAUCGACAACUUGCGAGCUCUCGAAACACAAGCGAAGGAUGAAAGCGCAGGCUUGCACGCUGGAACGGGCGGCGUCAUUGAGGUUCAAAAUGACUUGGGCGGCCCGGACUUCUUGAAGGAGUGGAAGGGCAAGACUGUGGACGGCAUCGUGGAGCGUAUUAUCAGCGGUGACCGGCUUCUUAUCCGUCUGCUUCUAACGGAGAAAAAGCACUGGCAGGUCAUGACGCUUGUGGCGGGUGUCCGUACUCCCUCGACCGAGCGCGUCAACCAAUCGAACGGACAGACCCAGCCGGCCGAAGAGUACGGCAACGAGGCGCGCGCCUUUGUUGAGCAACGGCUUCUCCAGCGCCAGAUUCAAGUCAAGAUCGUAGGCGCCAGCCCACAGGGCCAACUUGUUGGUGCCAUCAUCCACCCGCGCGGAAAUAUCGCCGAGUUUCUUCUGAAGGAGGGUCUCGCUCGGUGCAACGACUUCCACUCGACCCUGCUCGGUGCCGAUAUGGCUGCUCUCCGUGCGGCCGAAAAGGAGGCCCAAGCCGCUCGCCGUCGCCUACACAAGGCAUUCGUCAGCAAGGCUACUAACAGCAAGGAGCAAGAAGCGACGGUCGCCAAGAUCAUCGGUGCCGAUACCAUCAUCGUUCGGAGCAAGGCUGGCGAUGAGAAGAGGAUCAGCAUCAGCAGCGUUCGCGGUCCCCGCACUGGCGAGGCUUCCGAGGCGCCUUUCAGGGACGAAGCGAAGGAGUUCUUGAGGAAAAAGCUCAUUGGAAAGCAUGUCCGGGUUCAGGUCGACGGCACCAAGCCUGCGAGUGACGAUUUUGAGGCUCGUGAGGUGGCUACCAUCACGCAGAAUGGCAAGAACAUUGGCUUGCAGCUCGUCCAAGAGGGAUAUGCCACAGUCAUCCGGCAUCGCAAAGACGACACCGAUAGGGCAUCUAACUAUGACGAGCUGCUAGCCGCACAGGAGACUGCCAAGGAGGAGAAGAAGGGGAUUUGGUCCGGCAAGCCGCCCAAGACCAGGCAGUUCGUGGACGUGUCGGAAAGCGUGCAAAAGGCCAAGAUUCAACUAUCGACUCUUGCCAGGCAACGCAAGGUCCCGGGUAUCGUCGACUUCUGCAAAUCUGGGUCUCGAUUCACCAUCUUGGUACCCCGCGAGGGCGCUAAGCUCACACUGGUGCUUGCUGGCAUUCGCGCUCCCCGUUCCGGCCGGACGCCUCAGGAGAAAGGAGAACCUUUUGGACAAGAAGCUUUGGAUCUUGCCAACAAACGGUGCAACCAAAGGGACUGUGAGAUUGAUGUUCACGACAUCGACAAGGUCGGCGGGUUCAUUGGCGAUCUCUACGUAGGCCGGGAGAGUUUUGCAAAGGUCCUGGUUGAAGAAGGUCUCGCUUCUGUUCACAAGUACUCGGCCGAGAAGGCCGGGAAUGCCCCUGAGCUGCUGGCUGCGCAAGACCGCGCGAAAGGGGCCCGCAAGGGACUGUGGCAGGACUGGGACCCAUCCCAGGAUGUCGAAGAGGAGGGUCAGGCGGCCGCGGGUGAAGCCGCCGCUGACGUCUCGACUACCAUCGAGAAGAAGCCAGAGGACUACCGUGACGUUAUCAUCACCAACAUCGACUCCAAUGGCAGGAUCAAGGUGCAGGAGAUUGGCAGGGGCACCGAUGCGCUCGAGUCUCUGAUGGACCAGUUCCGGCAAUUCCACCUGAACCCGACAAAUAGCGCCGGCCUCAAGGAUGCGCCCAAGGCCGGCGACUACGUGGCUGCGCAGUUCACGGAAGACGGUGAGUGGUACCGGGCGCGCAUCCGGUCCAACGACCGUACCGCCAAGGUGGCCGAGGUCGUGUACAUUGACUACGGCAACUCGGAGAGCCAGCCGUGGUCAAAACUCCGGCCCCUUUCGCAGGCGCAGUUCACCGUCCAGAAGCUUAAGCCCCAGGCCAUCGACACACAGCUGUCAUUUGCCCAACUCCCGGCGUCGCCCGACUAUCUCCGUGAUGCCAUCAACUACCUGUACGACCUGACCGAGGGCAAGCGACUAGUGGCUUGCUUUGACUUCAUUGACAACAAGGAGGGCCUGAGCUACGUGACGCUGUACGAGCAGAGACCCCAGGGGGCCGGCGCCGAGUCAAUCAACCGCAAGAUUGUCCUGGACGGACACGCGCUUGUGGCGCGUAAGCUCAAGGCGUGGGAGCGCAGCAAGGUCUUUGAGCCGGUGUUCAAGAACUUGCGGGAGGCUGAGGGCCAGGCCAAGGAUGGGCGGCGCGGAAUUUGGGAGUAUGGCGACAUCACGGAGGACUAA